AGUUCAGCACGUUUUAACCAACAGGAUUUUGACUUGAUAAUUUCAGUUUUUUUUACACACCUCGCGGUUUUCUCUUCUGCUUGGAUUGGUGUUUGCUUUUGGGGAGUGGAGUCCAGUGUAGGCGUCGCUUACGGUUUCUUUAGUGCUGACAGUGUGUGAGAGUAACUGAGUUGGAGAGGAGGCGGUAUGGAGGUUCUCUGGAUGCUACCGCUGCUCGUUGUGCCGGUCCUGUUUUGGACCAGCACCACGUUUGUGUUCUAUUUUAAAAAAUGUUUUUACAUCGCUUAUAUGAUGUUACUAGCCUUGAUCGCUAUUCCUAUUUGUAUACUGAAAAGCGGCGGAAGGGACAUUGAAAAUAUGAGGAUUAUUCGCUUCUUGGUGCGCCAUGUAAAGUAUUUCUUGGGGCUGCGAUUUGAGGUCAGCGGCUGGGAGCACCUGCAGACUGAGGGGUCUUACGUCGUCAUUUCCAAUCAUCAGUCAUCUCUUGAUGUGCUGGGCCUGAUGGAGGUUCUACCUGACCGCUGUACCACCAUUGCUAAGAAGGAACUGCUGUGGGCAGGCACAGUGGGCUUGGCUUGCUGGCUGGGUGGCAUUGUCUUCAUUAAUCGCAAGAAGACUAGCGAUGCCAAGGGUGUCAUGGCUGACACUGCCAAGAUCAUGCUGCAUGAUAAGAUUCGUCUUUGGGUGUUUCCCGAAGGAACACGGAAUCAGAAAGGUGAUAUUCUGCCGUUUAAGAAGGGUGCAUUCCACUUGGCAGUGCAGGCCCAGGCACCAAUUAUCCCAAUCGUGUUUUCCUCAUAUAGUAACUUCUACCUUCGAAAAGAGAAAGAGUUCAAAUCAGCCAUUGACAUGUCGCAGAGGUUAACACGUGAGGAGCGGAUAGAAAUUGUGUUGAUGUCUGGUGAACGCAGUACCCGGGUCAUUGCAGCAGAUUUCAAUGCAAGACACCCUACGAGACCACCCAUCUCCCAUGCUACAGUUAGCAAACUGCUUGCCAAGUUUCGUGAAACUGGUUCAGUGUUGGAUUUGCCAAAAUGUGGACGCAUGAAAACUGUCACUAAUGAAGAAACAUCAGUGGCUGUCCUAGCUUCAUUCAGCAAGAGCCCACAGCGUAGCACUCGCCGCAUGUCACUGGAGAGUGGCAUCAGACGAACAUCCCUUCGGCAGAUAUUAGCUACUCACAAAUGGCACCCUUACAAACUCCAGCUGCUGCAGCAUCUCAACGAGGAUGACCCAGAUCGGCGCACUGAAUUUGCAGAAUGGGCAAAACAAAAAUUGGAACAGGACCCUCAGUUUACACAGAACAUUUUGUUCAGUGAUGAGGCAAACUUUUAUGUGAAUGGUGAAGUUAACAAUCAAAACCACCGCUAUUGGUCUGACACUAACCCACAUUGGAUAGAUCCCUCCAAGACUGUUGGAACACAAAAAUUGAUGGUAUGGUGUGGUAUAUGGGGUACAAAGAUAGAUUCUUCAUCAAUGGAAACCUCAAGGCCACUGGAUAUUUCAAAUUGCUACAUGAUGAUGUGUUUCCCUCUUUAUGCACUGAAGCUGGCACGUUCCCUGAGUUUUUCCAGCAAGAUGGUGCACCACCACAUUAUGGGUGUCAGGUCCGAGCAUUCCUAGAUGAACAGUUUCCUGGAAAGUGGAUUGGUCGUCGUGGGCCAGUUGAAUGGCCCCCAAGGUCUCCCGAUCUGACCCCCUUAGACUUUUAUCUUUGGGGUCAUCUGAAAGCAAUUGUCUAUGCUGUGAAGAUACGAGAUGUGCAGCACCUGAAACUACGGAUACUGGAAGCCUGUGCUAGCAUUUCUUCUGCGGUGUUGCUAUCAGUGUGUGAAGAGUGGGAGAAGAGGGUUGCAUUGACAAUCCAACACAAUGGGCAGCACUUUGAACACAUUUUAUAAGUGGUCAGAAACUUGUAAAUAACUCAUGAAAGAAUAAA